CUUCCAGAUCCUUACAGGCCUUGGAUGGAAAUUGCCAACGACCUUCCUCACCUGAUUGAGAGUCACCAGCUUCGCACUCAUGUGAACAAGAUGCCCCUCCUGAGCUGCCGGUUCCUCAAGAGUUACCGCGAGCAGCGCCUGGCCCACUUGGUCCUGAGCUUCAUCACCAUGGGGUAUGUCUGGCAGGAGGGGAACACCCAGCCUGAAGAGGUUCUGCCGAGAAAUCUUGCCCUUCCUCUUGUGGAAGUCUCCAGGAACUUGGGGCUUCCUCCUAUCCUGGUGCACUCAGACCUGGUGCUGACAAACUGGACGAAGAAGAAUGCAGAAGGACCCCUGGAAAUUGGGAACUUGGAGACCAUCAUCUCAUUUCCAGGGGGAGAGAGCCUGCGUGGCUUCAUACUGGUGACUGCUUUGGUAGAGACAGCAGCAGUUCCUGGGAUUAAGGCACUUGUUCAGGCAGUGAACGCCAUCUUGCAGACCAGCCAGGACACCCUGCUGCAGGCCCUGCAGCAGCUGAGACUCUCCAUUGAGGACAUCACCAGGACCUUAGGACAAAUGCACGAUUACGUAGAUCCAGACAUAUUUUAUGCAGUCAUCCGUAUCUUUCUGUCGGGAUGGAAGGAUAACCCGGCAAUGCCUGUGGGGCUGAUAUACGAGGGAGUCUGCACAGAGCCCCUGAAAUACUCCGGGGGGAGCGCAGCCCAGAGCACGGUGCUUCACGCCUUUGACGCGCUCUUAGGCGUUCGUCACAGCAAGGCGAGCGCCGACUUUCUGUACAGAAUGAGGGACUACAUGCCUCCCUCCCAUAAGGCCUUCGUAGAAGAAAUCCACGCGGCUCCCUCGCUGAGGGAUUACGUCCUGUCCUGCGGACACGGCUGCCUUCUGACAGCCUACAACCAGUGUCUGGAGGCCCUGGCAGCACUGCGCAGCUAUCAUGUCACCGUGGUGACCAAAUAUCUCAUCACAGCGGCAGCCAAGGCAAAAGGCAGGAGGCCAAACCCUCUCCCAAGGCCACCUCAGGCUUUAGAAUUCACAGGCACAGGUGGGACCGCAGCUUUAAGCUUCCUAAAGAGUGUGAGGGACAAGACCUUAGAGGCAAUCCUGCACCCACGUGGUUAG